UGUAACAGCGCCGCUCAUUCGGAGCAGACAAAGGGCUAGAAAAGAAGCCAGAGUUGAGCACAGGAGAAGAUGAUUAUUCCCGUUCGUUGCUUCACAUGUGGGAAGGUCAUUGGAAACAAAUGGGAUACCUAUCUCGACCUUCUCCAAGCCGAUUACCCUGAAGGAGAUGCACUGGAUGCUUUGGGGUUGGUUCGUUAUUGCUGCAGGCGCAUGCUUAUGACCCAUGUUGACCUCAUUGAGAAGCUUCUGAAUUACAACACUUUGGACAAGUCUGAUCCCAGUUAAGAAGUCUUAUGGAUUUGUUGAUGA